CAGCGGCCUCUCUUGUCUCAGCUUCGUUGCUGUUUAUGUUCUUUUGUUUGACUGGAGCAGACCUUCUCAAAGUUCUCGGCUAGAUCGAUGCUUUGAUAUUCUCCAUUGAUCGAAAGGUGGUGACGAUCUUCACAUCGGCACCGUCAAUCUAUGAAACCCUUUGAUCGCUCUAUUUGACGAAAUCAGAGAAAUUGAAAACUGUGAGCUGAUGACGAGUUCAGAAGCCGAAUCUGUCCAGGGGCCAAGCGAAGGUGUGCAUCCUUCGCUGACCGGAAUGGACUCCUUUCGGAACGGAGAUAUACUGGCAGACAUGCCGAAUUUAACGCUCUCUCCUACUGCAGCUCUGUUCUGAAGUGAUGGCUGGCUGGCUGGCUGGCUGGUGAGGCGAAGUGACAUUAGAGAAAUGCAUUUAGAAUGAUGAAAUGCAUCACGAUCGUUGAGCGGAAUCGUGAAUUGCAGUGUAUUGUUUAGCAGGCGAGGCGGAGGAGCACGGGAUUUUCCAGCGCCUCCAAGUACAGCUCCCUCCAGUUUGCGAUGCAAUGCGUGCUGCAGCAGGUACAAAAGCAGUCCUCGCCAAUCUUGUGAGGGUGCCGGACGGUUGGUCUGUUUAUGUGGGACAUCGUGGGCCUGAGAUGAAAUCCCUCCGUGUUCACUGCAUGCUUUCCCUAUAUGACGCAAACCGACCUUCACAAGUUCACCUCCGCUUGACUUCGUCCGUCCGUCCCCCGUGCACCACACCAUACUAUACAUGCAUCACUCAAGCUUACAAGACUGUAAGUGCCCUUCUCUCGUCUGCUCUGGUCUGUAUGUGUGUAAUCCUCCCAGUUACAGUCGAGGCAAAUCUUGCAGAUCAAGAGAAAAACAUCUCACCUCACCUCACCUCACCUCACCUGGAGGGAGAGAGGUGUGACGUCGACCCAGCACUGAAAUCGAGAGACGAAUCUUAUGUUAUCAUCAACACAACAAUAAUCUUAAACUAAGCAUAAGUCCCAGGAAAUUCCAUAUCCAGAGCCUGCAAAAAUAUCAGCUAAUCGUACAUGUGAAGGGAAUUGGAGUUCUGUGGUGACCUGCAACUGCAACAGCAAGAAUAAGAGAAGGGCCCGAGACAGUUUCGACUCCCUUCCCCCACCAUUCAUGCUCUGCUCGGACAGUACCCGGACACCGGCUGUGUGCGUACAUGGUGCGACUGCUCGAAGUGUACUGAGUCAGAUGAAUGUGCACUUUCCCGUCGAGUCCAAAAAGGUUGUGUCCGAGGAAGGACAUUCACUCGGACCCAAAAGCGAGUAAUCUACGACACGAAAGGUGGUUCUGCAAGUGACCUCCUCUACGCGUUCAUAAAGCAAGCUUUUAGGACGACAGAUUGAGAAAGAGGGACAACUGGGAAUAUGUCUCCGUACUUGUUUGCUUCUGAGAAGAGGGUGAGAUGGCCCGAGAGAAAUCUGCGCAGCCACAGACGGACGAGACGAGAAUGUCAUGUUGAGUGUCGGCAUGGCCUAGCAGGACAAUCCACGUGCAUAAGAGGCUCAGGCUGCUGACAUAGGCACCCACCCCCGCUCUCUCCUCUCUCUCUCCUCUCUCUCUCUCUCUCUCGCCUCCUCUCGCCGUCAGUCUGUCAGGGCGACCGCCGUCGAGCGAAUUUUGCGGUUGUGGAGUCGACACGAGAAGGGUCCAGCGUUCCGAGUACGACGACUCUGGCCCAGGUUCCCGGGACUCCCCCGCUCGGUCUCAUGGUGCAGGUUCUCUAGCUCCAGUCCAUCGAGAGCAAGUCGAGAACGCAAAGACUAAGCACGAGAACGAGAGUCGAACCCGGAGCUUGAGCUUGAGCUUGAGAUUGAGAGCAAUAAUAGAUGUCGGUUCGUGUCCAGACGCGGUGACCGAGCAGCUUGAGCUUCGAAACUCUGAGUCAGAAGCUCGAGAAGUGAGAAGCACGAGGCGGAGACGAGGAUUGAGCAGCAGGGCGAGGGGAAAACUUGCCAGCUACUACUCCCUUUGUGCACUGAGGCAUGCGGGCAAGCAGGCAGCAAGAGGUUCAAGCUCAGCUUAGUAGCUCAGCUCAGCUUGAAGGGAUGGAUGGUCGAGAGGGAGGCACUCGGCGAGGGAAUUCGGCAUCGUGAAUGGUUGUGAGAAUUGAAGGAAGAGAAGGAGAUACAGAGAGAGAUAGAGACGAUGGGGUCGCUGGGCGUGGAGGAGUCAGAGAUGCCCACCUCUGACACUCACCAGAUUUCGGAGCAGGAGCCGCUUCUGUACGUGAACGGGACCAGGCGAAUCCUGCCCAAGGAUCAAGCCCAUUCUACUCUGCUGGAGUAUCUGCGAGGUCUGGGUCUCACUGGAACCAAGCUGGGAUGCGGAGAAGGAGGAUGUGGAGCUUGCACUGUUAUGGUGUCUCACUUCGAUUCAGUGCAGCAAACUGUUGUGCACCGGGCAGUAAAUGCCUGUUUGGCUCCUCUUUACUCUGUGGAGGGAAUGCACGUGGUGACAGUCGAAGGCCUCGGUGAUCGACGUCGUGGUUUACAUCCUGUCCAGGAAGCGUUAGCUACCAGUCAUGGAUCUCAGUGUGGAUUUUGUACACCAGGGUUUGUCAUGUCAAUGUAUUCCCUCUUGCGGGCAACCAAGGGUGCUCCCACAACCGAAGAAAUCGAAGAGGCCCUUGCAGGAAAUUUGUGCCGCUGUACAGGGUAUCGGCCAAUUCUGGAUGCGUUUCGUGUUUUCGCCAAGACUGAUCCGGGACCGUAUAUUGAUGAAUCUCUCGUGGCAAGCAAUGGUUUGCCUUCUCGGAAGGAUGGCCAAACGAUCUGCCCAUCCACCGGCAAGCCAUGCGACUGCAAGAGCCAGAACGGUGCGGUGGCAAAUGGUAAUCAUCAGGACUUGAAAGCCAGUGCAGGAGCAAACGGCGUUCAUAGCGACUCGUCGAAUGGUCACACGACCCACUCCAAGAAUGGCGACUCAAGUCACCACCACAAGACUGAGUCGACUCAGUCAGUUAAGGGAGAGCCAAUAUUUCCAGCCGAAUUGCGAAACAGGAAGCUCCUCUCGUUGUUUUUGACAGGGCAUCGGGGCCUCAAGUGGUAUCGACCCAACUCUCUCGAUGACCUCUUAGGUUUGAAGUCGAGGUUUCCUGGGGCAAAACUGGUGAAUGGAAAUACCGAAGUUGGAAUCGAAAUGAGGUUCAAAAACUUGGACUAUCCUGUCCUGAUCUCCUCAACGCACGUAUCGGAACUCAAUGCCAUCAGGGAGACAGAUGGUGGACUGGAAGUCGGUGCAUCGGUGACGCUUACCAGACUGAUGGAGGUUCUCAGGAAAAGUCUGAAGCAGCGCAAGGCUCAUGAAACCUCGGUUUGCUCUGCGUUUUUGGAGCAGCUGAAAUGGUUUGCGGGAAGCCAAAUAAGGAACGUGGCUUCGGUGGGAGGUAAUAUAUGUACUGCGAGUCCAAUAUCAGAUUUGAAUCCUCUGUGGAUAGCAUCGGGGGCGACCUUCACAAUCCUUAAGCAGGGCAGGAUAUCGAGGCUUGUGAAGGCAGCCGAGUUCUUCAAAGGGUACCGUCAGGUGGACUUGAAGACUGGAGAAAUUCUCGCAUCCGUGUUCUUGCCCUGGUCCAAACGGUACGAGUAUGUGAAGGAAUUCAAGCAAGCUCAUCGUCGAGAUGAUGAUAUUGCUCUCGUGAAUGCGGCUAUGCGGAUCUCUUUAGAGCCCAAAGGAGAGGGUUGGACAGUCUCGGAUGCUUCUCUGGCAUAUGGAGGGGUGGGAGCAACUUGCGUCAUUGCGAAGAAGACGGAAGAGUUCCUCAAAGGGAAAGAAUGGACCCUGGCAACUAUGGACAGAGCACUCUCCUUGAUUCCUGAGGACGUCAAGAUUGGGGACGGAGCCCCCGGGGGCAUGGUUGAGUUUCGGAGGUCAUUGACGACGAGCUUCUUCUUCAAGUUCUGGCUCAAUGUGACGUACAAGCUGGAGCAGGAAGAAAACCAUGUGCACGACUUGCCGGAGAGUUACAGAUCAGCUGUGGCUCCAUAUCACAGGGAAAUGCCGCAUGGCGUGCAGGUGUAUGGGGCACCAACCUCGGAUACUAGUGUCGGUCAGCCGCUGAUGCAUUUGUCAGCGAAUCUUCAGGUAACGGGAGAGGCCGAGUACGUAGAUGAUGUUCCUGUGCCUGCAAACAUAUUGCACGCAUAUCUAGUGCUGAGUACAAGACCUCAUGCCAAGAUACUGUCUGUGGACACCAAAGAAGCGGAGGCACAGCCAGGUUUCGAGGGUUAUUUUUGCGUGAAGGAUGUGCCCGGUGGAAACAAUCUCGGAGCUGUCGUACCUGAUGAAGAGCUUUUUGCCACUGAAGUCGUCACCUGUGUCGGACAGGUAAUUGGCAUUGUAGUUGCAGACACACAUCAGAAUGCGAAAGCAGCCGCUCUGAAAGUCAUUGUGGAGUAUGCGGAUCUGCCUGCAAUUCUCAGCAUUGAGGAGGCCAUUGCAAGUAACAGCUUCCAUGAGAGCUUUCAUGGAGGCAAAGGGGGAACGAAACGCGAACUAGAGGCGGGAAACGUGGACGAGUGUUUCGCAAGUGGUAAGUGCGAUCAUGUUGUCGAAGCUGUAGUGAAGAUGGGUGGCCAGGAACACUUUUAUCUGGAACCCAACAGCGCUUUGGUCUGGACAACCGAUGGGGGUAGUGAAAUCCAAAUGCUCGCAUCCACACAGGCACCUCAAAAGCACCAGAAAUUCGUGUCACACGUGCUUGGUCUGCCUAUGCACAAAGUUGUGUGUAAAACAAAGAGGAUCGGCGGGGGGUUUGGGGGAAAAGAGACGAGGUCGGCAUUUGUAAAUGCUUAUGCAGCUGUGCCAGCCUAUCUGCUGAAAAGACCUGUCAAGCUGACGCUGGACAGAGAGAUUGAUAUGAUGAUCACAGGUCAAAGGCAUGCGUUUCUCGGAAAAUAUAAGGUUGGGUUCACCGCAGAAGGGAAGGUGCUGGCACUAGACCUGGAUAUUUUCAACAACGGUGGUAAUACUUUGGACUUGUCGCAUUCGAUUCUCGAAAGGGCCAUGUUCCAUUCAGACAACGUAUAUGUCAUCCCGAAUGUGCGAAUACGAGGGAAGGUCUGCAAUACCAACAUAGCCAGCAACACUGCAUUCAGAGGGUUCGGUGGACCUCAAGGCAUGCUCAUUGCUGAAAACUGGAUCGAGCGUAUAGCCCGCACGGUCGGACGAGCUCCUGAAGACAUUCGGGAACUAAACCUUCAAUAUGAAGGGUAUGAGCUACACUAUGGACAGUUUGUUACCGAUUGUCACAUUGGAAAGGUUUGGAAUGAGCUGAAAAGCUCAUGUGACUUUGCAAAGCGGAAAGAAGAAGCUGAAGCCUUCAAUCGACAACACCGGUGGAAGAAAAGAGGUGUAGCCAUGGUUCCCACGAAGUUUGGGAUUUCCUUCACCACCAAACUUCUCAAUCAGGCAGGAGCUUUGGUGCAAGUUUAUACGGACGGAACAGUACUGGUUACACAUGGAGGUGUCGAGAUGGGACAAGGUUUGCACACUAAAAUGGCUCAGAUUGCAGCUACAGCGUUUGACAUUCCAGUGAACUUGGUCUUCAUCUCCGACACAAGCACUGACAAGGUGCCAAAUGCUUCUCCUACGGCAGCUUCUGCAAGCUCAGAUAUGUAUGGAGGUGCAGUUCUUGAUGCAUGUGAGCAGAUCAAGGCCCGCAUCAAACCCAUCGCUGAGAAGAUGCCUGGAGCGUCAUUUCCUGAGGUAGUACUAGCCAGCUACUUGCAGCGAAUUGACCUCUCAGCUCACGGUUUCUAUAUCACUCCUGAUAUUGGCUUCGAAUGGGACGUUGGCAAAGGAAAGCCUUUCGCUUACUUCACAUUCGGCGCAGCUUUCGCCGAGACAGAGAUCGACACACUCACAGGCGACUUCCACCUCCGUCGUGUUGACAUUGUGAUGGAUUUAGGCACUCCCAUCAACCCUGCAAUCGAUGUUGGCCAGGUCGAAGGAGGAUUCGUUCAGGGGUUAGGAUGGGUGGCGUUGGAGGAACUGAAGUGGGGCGAUGCCGAUCACUCGUGGUUGAGACCUGGUCAUUUGUUCACCAAAGGACCGGGGACCUACAAAAUCCCCACAUGCAACGACAUUCCGGUCGACUUCCGGGUGACUCUACUGAAGGAUGUGCCAAACAAGAAGGCGGUGCACUCGUCGAAGGCAGUGGGAGAGCCUCCGUUCUUUCUGGCCUCGGCUGCCCUGUUCGCCAUCAAGGACGCCAUCCUGGCGGCGCGCCAAGACUCGGGUCUGGACGGAUGGUUCGUGCUGGACAGCCCGGCCACUCCCGAGCGCAUCCGCCUGGCCUGCUCCGAUCGCUUCACCCAACUCUGCGCUCCUCAUGAUCUUCGGCCCAAGCUCAGUGUCUGACGCUCCGUUGCUGUCCUGGUGACGACGAGGUCUUGUACAGAAAGGUCCCAGGUUUGUAACAAUUGUACAAUGAUCAGGCGGGCGGCCAUUUCCUGCCUCCUGGACUCUCGAUAUUUGUACAUAAUGUUAUUGUUAUGUGGUAUACUCAUCUGUGCUAUAAAGCGUGUUGUUCUUGCUCCGUU